AUGAUGUUCACUACUCAGCAAAUCUUGGGAGGACCAAAGUACUCUCACAAGACAAGAAUUGGAAACUGGCAAGAAGAUAUGGAGCUUGAGGAGAUCAAGAGAAUAGACUAUGACCAAAAGAAAAACAACUAACAGUUAAAUUUCAACAAGACUUUGUCAACUGCAUAACAGUAAAUCAAGAAAGUUCCCUGGUCAUACUCAGGAGAUGGUCUUCUCAGAUACGGGUUUUCAGUUCUUGUCACAAAUAAGAAGACUCAAGGCUAUCUCGUUGCAGAUAUUGGAAAUAAAACUGCUAAUUUGGAAGAGUCAUAUACAGCCACUACUACAGCCAAUCAUCCAGGUCCAGUUACAAGAUCAAUUUUUGUGAUUAAAAAGGCAGAGAAGGUUGAUAUCUUCGGAAAUGAUGAUAUUGUGAGAUAUGGACAGAAGGUCAAGAUUGAGGUUAAUCCAUAUUUAUUCAGGAAGACUCUCUACCUGAACAGUCAACCUCUUGGUCCAAGCACUUAAUCCCCAGUUACUAGAAAUUAAGAGGCUAGUUUCUCUCCAACUGAAUCAUACAGUGGCACUUGGGUGAUUGACUACCUUGACCCUAACUUCAGAUUUGAGAAGCAAGGAGAGCCAGUCGAAGCUAAUACUCCAAUCUUGAUCAGACACUGCUCUACUUCUCAUUAUCUUGCAGCUGAUCUAAAUAAAUUGAAGAAUGACUUUGGAACUGAGUUUGAGGUCUGUGUGAAUAGUUUCGCCACUAAAAACCGUUCUUAAAAUCUUGCACUUGAAAAAGAGGGUAAAAUUACUGGAGAUAUCCCCUCUAAAUUCUAAGAGGAUCAAAACGUUUUCUACUUUGUGACAGCACCAUCCCCUGCUUACUCAGUGCCAAUAGAAGAACUAAAUAAAUUCACUAUUGAGGAUUUAAUUAGAGAAAUAAAGUAAAAAAUUGUUGAAAGAAGUGCCAAUGGCAUCAGGGGUAUUGCUAGAAUAUUCAAGGCUAUGGACGAAAAUGGAAGCAAAACCUUAGAUGUUGAUGAUUUCAGAUGGGGUCUUAAGGAUUACGGUAUUACAAUUUCAAAAGAAGAAGCAUAAUAAGUCAUGGAGCAUUUCGAUAGAGAUGGAAACGGCUAAGUUGACUUCAAUGAAUUCCUAAGAGCAAUGAAGGGAGACCUGAAUACAUUCAGAAAGAGAUAUAUCAAGAUGGCUUACGAUAAGCUAGAUAUCAAUAAAGAUGGUCUCGUUAAGUUGGACGAUAUCUCCAAGAUCUAUGAUGCAUCCAGACAUCCAGAUGUUCUCUAAGGCAAAAAGACCCCAGAUCAAGUAUUUGUAGAGUUUAUGAAACUUUGGGACACCUAAGAAAAAGAUGGCAUUGUGACAUUUGAUGAAUUCUGUGACUACUAUAGUGAUGUUAGCGCUUCAAUCGACUCUGAUGACUACUUUGCUGAAAUGAUGAUUAGUGCCUGGAAACUUAAAUGA